GACACUCUGGACCAGGGCGCCCGCUCUCCUCCCCUCUCCCUCCGCUCGCCACCCCCCGAGACCCACCCCUAGGCAGACCCAACUGGGGUGGAGCAGGGGGAGGGUGGCGGGCGAGAGAGGACAGCAAACUCAGCUCCGACAGCUGAGGGGCCCCUUUUCCCCCAAGCGAAACUUGCGUCGAAUACCUUUUUAGCCGCCUCUAGCCCUCACGGCUGGGUGCCAACACUGGCCAGAGUCAAGCGAUAGUAGCCACCAAUCAGUGAGGAUGCCACGGAUACCCACAACCCUGCCGUACAAAUUUGAGAGGCUGCCCAGUUCGGUGGUGCCGUCGCACUAUACCAUUGUUCUCACGCCAGACUUAGAAAAUUGUGUCUUCGACGGGACGGUGAAUGUCGAUCUGGAGGUGAAGCAUCCUACCACACGCAUUGUUUUGAAUUGUGUGGAUCUUGAAGUUAGACACAUAGAACUUCAUCAUGAUGAUGGAACAUUAUUCUUACCAAGCAAAGUAAUUUUUGCUGUGAAAUGUGAGACUGUAGCAAUAUAUUUUGCAUCUGAAGUUCCUGCUGGCCGAUGUAAGCUGUCAAUCAACUUUAAGGGAUACCUCGAUGACUGUAUGAGGGGUUUUUAUCGAUGCAAAUACAAAAGUCAUGACACUGAAGAAGAGCGAUUUUGUGCAAUAUCCAAAUUUGAUGCUGGUCAAGCACACCGCUGUUUUCCAUGUUGGGACGAGCCGGCUAUCAAAGCAACAUUUGAUAUAACUCUCCGCAUUCCUACAAACAGAGUUGCUUUAUCUAAUAUGCCUGUUUCACAUGAAGAGGAGAUGACCGAUAGUACAAAGGCUGUACGCUUUGAGACAACUCCUAUAAUGUCAGCACAUCUGGUUGCAAUUGUUGUUGCUGAAUUGGACUUUAUUGAAGAAACUGUGGAUGGCAUACCUAUACGAGUGUAUACACCACUAGGAAAAAAAGAACAAGGAAGAUUUGCUUUGGAAGCUGCUGUUAGAGUUCUCCCAUUUUAUAAAGAACAUUUUGAGCUGCCCUAUCCUCUUCCAAAAUUAGAUUUCGUUGCAAUCGAAAAUUUUUCCCCAGGUACAGUGGGAAAUUGGGGUUGCAUCAUUUACAGAGACCUCGGUCUGCUUCGUGGUGAUAAAUUAAAACCUCCAAAGCGGACUGUGGCUUUAUUAGUAGCGCAUGGUCUUGUUUAUCAAUGGAUUGGAGGCUUGACUACCAUGGAAUGGUGGACCCACUUUUGGUUGAAGGAGGGAUAUGCAGCAUUCCUUCAAUACCUUUGUACUGCCCAUUUGUAUCCAGAAUUUGACUUAUGGACACAAUUUAUAAGUGAUACUUAUUGCCAUGCCCGCACAAUGGAUGGUGUGAGGAGUGUAAUUCCUCUUGAGGUGACUAUUGGGCAUCCAAUUGAAGUGCAGGAUGUUUUUGAUGAUAUUUCUUGUAGCAAAGCAGCCUCUGUAAUUAGAAUGCUCCAUAGAUACAUAGGAGAUGCUAACUUUACUAAAGGCAUGAGCCUUUACCUUCAUAACUUUGAGUACGGCAACGCUACCACUGAUGACUUAUGGGAAUGCCUUGAAGAAGUGUCAAAUAAACCAGUUCUUGAGAUAAUGCGUACCUGGACAAGACAAAGUGGAUACCCUGUUGUAUCAGUAAAAUGUGAAAUAGAGGGAGAUACACAUAAGCUUUACUUGGAGCAAGCCCCCUUCAAAGGAAUUGGACUAGGCCCUGAUUCUGAUGACAGGCUAUGGCCCAUUCCAAUUCAAUUUAGUGCAGCUGCUGAUCCGCAGCAUGUUAUACAUGAGUACAUGUUGCGUUCCAAAGAAGCCAUUGUUUUGCUGGAACAUGUGAAACCCACAGAUUGGGUGAUGCUUAAUCCUGGGGUUUUUGGCUUCUACCGUGUCAACUAUUCUUCAGAAAUGCUAGAAAUGCUUAAACCAGGAGUUGCUGAUCUCUCAAUUCCAGCAAUUGACCGCUUAACACUUUUAGAUGAUUAUUUUUCACUGGCAAAAGCAGGUCUAUGUAGCACUGGUCAAGUCCUUCGGCUCCUUCAUGCUAUGAAGAAUGAAACCAGCUGUUGUGUAUGGGUAGAAAUGUGCAACAUUCUUGUGAGAUUGCGGGUGCUCUUACAGCAUUCAGAUGAUGUCUACCCCCUUUUCAUGGACUUUGGAAAAAGGUUGCUGCAGCCUAUUAGUCAGUCAAUUAGAUUGUGGAAUCCAGCAGCAGAUGAAAAAUAUGAAGACAGGGUAUUACGCUGCCUUAUUCUAGACCAACUGAAUGCUUUUGAUGACCAAGCUACAUAUGAAGAGUCAAAAAAACGUUUUAAUUCUCAUGUGACCGGUUCAAUUCGUUUGCACCAUGAUAUUCAAAGCAGUGUCUACUGUGGAGUUCUUGCCAAAGCCGACACUGCAACCUAUGAGACAUUCCUAAAGAUGUACCAUGAAGCAACAAGUCAAGAGGAGAAAGACCGCAUUGCUAUUUCACUUGCAACAAUUGAUGAUACUGAACUCUUGAGAGAGGUCAUGAAGUUCCUAUUCUCUGAUGAAGUAAACCCACAAAUACUUUUAAGAGUAUUUGGAGUGAUGACACAUAUUAAAAGAGGAAGAGAAGUAAUGUGGGAGUUCUCUAAAGAAAAUUGGAACAAGCUGUACUCCAAAUAUGGCUCUUUUGCAUUAUUUUCUCACUACCUAGUAACAGCUUUUCAGAACUUUGCAACUCAAGAAAUAGUAGAAGAACUAGAAGAAUUUUUUACAAACAACGAAACGAGUGGGGCUGAAAAGGCAGUACAGCAAGUGUUAUGUUAUAUACGCAUGAACACUGCAUGGUUAAAACGGGACCUAGUAGACAUAAAAUCAGUUUUGGAAAGUUUUCUGUAAUUCAUUUUUCUCAAUAAUUAGUACUUUCAAUUAAUAGAUUUUGUAUAUUCUCAAUCUUGUAAUAAUCUUUUACAACACAUAUCUCUUUGUAAUAGCUAUGCUAUGACUGCGUUAUUGAACAGUGUACUUUUAUGACUUUUACCCAUCUUGAAUAAAAUCCAAAUAAAGUCAACACUAUAAAGUUUGAAAUUUGCAAUCAACCCAUAAAGCACCUGUCAAUUUUCACAAAGGCAACAACAAACACAAUUUAGAUGGACAAUAAGAAAUAUGAACUCCCACUGCUGUACCUGG